AUGGCUUCAACACCAGGCCCAGUGAUGGAGCUGUUAGGACGCGUCGCCUACGAGAUCGAGGUGAUGCGGCCAAUGUUCCCAACAUAUCUACACCUUCUAGUCUCUGCAGUCUUCCCCAUCUACACGGCUGCACACGCUGCAUUAUCGCGACCGUCGUCGGCAAGCCCACGUAAACGCAAAGCAGGGUCGGCUGACGAUGACAAUCACGAAGAUGGCGAAUCACAGAAGAUUGAAAGCCUGACACCUUCAGACGCGAUACUCUUUCCUCUUCUCGCAGGUACGACAUUAGCCAGCCUGUAUUUCAUCCUUAAAUGGCUUCAAGAUCCAGCCUGGUUAAAUUGGGCGUUGGGCAUCUACUUCUCGCAAAUUGGCCUCUUCUUUGCUGUGAAGUUCAUCAAGGACAUGUUGUCUAUCGCAAGGUCCUUUCUCCUUCCAGAUCAGUAUUCCCGUGGAGGCAAGGUCUGGAAAGCCAAUCAACCAGACCAUUGCUUCAAGACCGAAACCGGUGACACCUCUUCUUCGCCAUUUCCGUGGCUACUGUGGCCUCUGCCCGUCCCAUCCUCGGUCUCAAAACUAAUUUGGCAAUUUCGAGGCGUGGUAUACACGAAAGCCCGGCUAGACUUCCAUAUCCACCGUUUGAUAACAGUCAAAUGCCCGAUCGACAUUCUAGACUUGAUAAGUCUCUUGCUGUCCACCGCCAUAGUGUCCUAUCACGCCUUCCUCGCUAAACCCUGGUUCCUGACGAAUUUUCUUGGCUUUUCGUUCUGCUACGGCUCAUUGCAGUUCAUGACUCCCACUACCGCCUGGACUGGGACCCUUGUUCUGUGUGCACUUUUCUUCUACGACAUCUACUUCGUUUUCUUCACACCCAUGAUGGUCACGGUAGCAACAAAGCUGGACGUACCCAUCAAAUUACUUUUUCCGCGGCCUGAUGGUUGUGUGUUCCCCGUCGGGGCAGCCGAGGGAUCAGCGGCGAUGGAAGAGUAUCUGCAAUGUCUGGCUAAGAAAAGGACCAUGGCGAUGCUGGGGCUGGGGGAUAUUGUCGUACCAGGAAUGAUGCUUGCUUUUGCAUUGAGGUUCGACUUGUUCUUGUUUUACCUACGACAAAGUCGCAAGGGAGAGAAGGGUAGUGAAGAGACCGAGAAACCGGUGUAUGCUAGUGCAAAGGGUGGUUGGGGAGAACGAUUCUGGACGAGGUCGAAAUUAUGGUCCGACGACAUCAAAGCCAAGAACUUCCCGAAGCCAUACUUCUACGCCACGAUUGUCGGCUAUGUUCUCGGCAUGAUUACUACGGUGGUCAUCAUGCAAGUUGCGGAGCAUGCACAACCAGCGUUAUUGUAUUUGGUGCCUGGUGUGUUGCUCUCUUUGUGGGGUACAGCCCUUGUGAAGGGUGAUUUGAAGGCUCUGUGGCACUAUACUGAAGCAUCCGACGAGGAGAAGAAAGAUGACAAGAAGGAAGACGAGAAGGAAGACGAGAAGAGUCAGAAACGAGACGACGUCAAGGCCGAGACAGUACGUGGGAAGGAAUCUGAAAAGGAGACCCCAGAAGAACAAGCUGAAAAGGAAUGUCGACGUUUGCUCUCUUUCUCGAUCACGUUGCCCGAGGCACUCCACAAAACAGACCGUGAGACCACCGAACAAAAGCCAGUGUCGACCGAAUCUUCCUCUCGACCGAAGACUACUACCGACAACAGAGAUGGUCGUGACAUAAGUGGACGACGCUCACUCGACGAGGGCCAGGCACGCAAUGGAGACGGUGAACCUCCAGAAAAAAGAGCUAGACGAGUGUGAACUUCUAUGAGACACAUCCCUAGAAGAGAUGUUCAUAUGGAGGCCAUAGGAAUGCGGCAGAGGUAUGAGAUAAAGAAUCUUGAUCGAAUUAAUAUUCUA